GGACUCCACAUCCUAAAUAUUGAGAGAGAAAUGUGUUCAAGAUGGGCCCAUCAGAUACGAGAUCCUGGAAGGUGCUGUCACCGCCUUUAUCAGAAUGGUUGUUGGAAGCUGUUUCCAGUUCGUUCAGUCGCAUGACGCCUGUCCAAGCCAGUACCAUUCCACUUUUCAUGGGCAAUAAAGAUGUGGUUGUCGAGGCAGUCACCGGAAGCGGCAAGACGCUGGCUUUCUUAAUACCAGUAAUCGAGAAACUCCUAAGACUGGAUGAAGCCGUCAAAAAGCAUCAUGUGGGAGCUAUAAUUGUCUCUCCGACGCGAGAACUCGCUUCGCAAAUACACGCUGUCCUUACCUCCUUGAUUGCUUUUCAUCCGCCGUCAGCUGCCCUCCUGAACCAAGAAGAUGAAGAGGAAGCUCCUGGAGAAAGUGGCUCAGAGGAGAAGGUUCAGCACGUAUUCUCUUCGUCCGUUCCUAAAAUCGUCCCCCAGCUUGUUCUGGGGGGCACAUCCACACCGACUCAAGACCUGAACGACUUCCUUCGCCUAUCUCCAAAUGUACUCAUUGGUACCCCUGGACGGCUGGUGACUCUCCUCUCAUCGCCCCGUGUCCAUGCCCCCCAGUCUUCAUUUGAAGUUCUCGUUUUGGAUGAAGCAGACCGAUUACUGGAUCUCGGAUUUAAAGAAGACCUGCAGAAAAUCCUGAGAAUGCUACCAAAACAGCGACGCACGGGCUUAUUUAGUGCCAGUGUCAGCGAUGCUGUUUCAUCCCUCAUUCGCGUUGGCCUAAGGAAUCCUGUCAAGGUUACUGUCCGAGUCAAAUCCACGCGCGGUGUAGAGGCCCGGACACCGGCAUCCCUACAACUGACUUACCACAUCGCUCCUCCUGAUCGGAAGCUUGUGGCAUUAGCGAAACUCCUCUCCUCGAUAUCCCCCAUUCCUCAGAAAACUAUAAUCUAUGUUUCGACAUGCGCUGCCGUCGACUACUUCUCAUCGAUUUUGCCAACUAUUUUCGAUCUUGUUUCCACUCGAAUGCACGCAAUUUCGCCGGGUCUCGUCAGUCUUCACGGCAAAAUGACACCCAAGGUGCGGACGAGAAAUUUUAUGCGAUUCCUCAACGCCAUGGAACCGACAGUGCUCAUUACCACCGAUGUCGCAGCUCGAGGGCUUGAUAUUCCUACCGUGGAUCUGGUGGUGCAACUUGACGCCCCUACUACUAGCUCAUCGUUCAUGCAUCGUGCAGGCCGUGCCGGGCGAGCAGGACGGUCAGGAGCCUCAGUAAUAUUUCUUUCCCCUGGACGAGAAGAAGACUACAUCUCUUUCUUGACUGUCAGGGGCACUCCCGUCGUCAAAUUACAAGACUCUCCAGUAGAGGGCGUUGAAGAUGGAACGCUGGAUGUCUCAGAUGAAGAGAAGUGGGAAAUGAUUCGAGCAGUGAGGGACCAGGCAUACCAAGACAGAGCCGUAUACGAAAAAGCUCAGAAAGCAUUUGUGAGCUGGGUUCGGGCGUAUGCCGAGCAUGAUGCCAAGAGCAUUUUCCGCAUUAAAGAUGUCGACUGGAAGGAACUCGCUGAAGGCUGGGCAUUGCUACGGUUACCCAGGAUGCCAGAAGCGAAGGCCUGGGAGGGAGAUAAAAACUUGGGCCUGACCAUUGAUUGGAAAGAAUAUGCGUUCCAAGACAAAGUGAGAGAGAAGCGGCGGAGAGAAGAGAUGGAAUUGGGGGUGGAGAAACCGAAUCCAAAGGCCAAAAAGUUCCGGGAUUCGAAAAAAGAACCGAAUUCAUGGAGCAAGGAGAAGGAGAAGAAACAGGUCAAAGAAGAGCGGAGGGAGAAGAAGCAAGAUAAGCGCGAAAAGGAGAGAAUAGCAAAUAUGACGGAGGAUGAGCGAAGAAAGCAGACAGAGUUAGAAGGGAUGAUAAAGAAGAUUCGGACACAGCCUGAUGAGGAGACUUGGGAGGGUUUUGACGGUUGAUGUCCACACAUUUGAGAUACCCCAAACUUGUUGCAUAGCCAAUAGAAGUUCAAUUUCAUUUAACCGC